AAAUAUGCAUUUCAUUUACGCAUAGAUUUAUGUCAUGAACAAUUAUGUUUAGCGAGUUCUGUAGUCACUGUUAACGGUUCGGAUUUCGAUCUUUUUUUUUUCAAGUCGCCUAAAAUUGACUUGUUGACUCCACUACCCAGUUGACCAUGACUGACCUGUGGUAUGUGUUGGUCUUGUUGAUCAUCACUUUGUUUCUUAUUGAACAGUUACGGCGCAGACUCACAGUUGGUGGCUAUCGUGAAAAGUAUGUCUUAGUGACCGGAUGUGACUCUGGAUUUGGUCAAAGAUUGGUCAUACGACUUGACAAUCUCGGCUUCAAAGUAUUUGCUGGAUGUCUGACAGAAGAUGGAAGACAGUACCUAUCACAGAACUGUUCCAAAAAUGUGGUUCCGUUUUUGCUGGAUGUUAGAAGUACGGAAAGUGUUCAGUCAGCUUUACAACGAGUCAAAGAACAUUUGCCAAAAGAUAUAGGUCUCUGGGGACUAGUCAACAAUGCGGGUAUAGUCGGCAACAUGGCAGUCUCCGAACUCUGCUCCAAGAGCGAUUACCUGGCAUGUUUUGAUGUGAACUUGUUUGGUCUUAUUGAAAUGACUCGAACAUUUCUGCCCCUGCUGCGGAGAUCAAAAGGCCGUGUUGUAAACACAUCAAGUUUACUGGCUCGUCUCGCGAUCUUUGCGCCAGUUUAUACACUUUCCAAAUGUGGGGUGGAAGUCUAUUCGGAUUUCGUCAGGAGAGAGAUGUACAACAAAGGUGUUAAGGUGAGCAUUAUUGAACCAGGUGCUUUCAAAACACCACUUUUCAAUUACGAAACAAUGAACAAAGCGGUACAAAAGGCUUACGAAUGUGCGUCAGAGGACGUCCAAUCUCUGUACACUGGCUUUGUCAACAAUUAUCGCCAGAUGAUGGAAGGAUUGGAUAAGUCGCCCAACAUCGAUCUGGUGGUAGACGCCUACAUCCACGCAUUGACGUCUCGGUUCCCCAAAGCCAGAUACGCCCCGAGCCAUGACAGUUCACUUCUCAAUAUUCCACUCUCGUAUCUGCCAACAUGGUACACGGACUGGUUGAAGCAGUACUGAUUCUUUAGAAAACGAAAUAUUGUUACGUGUGGUCAAGGUGAAUUUAGACGACAGCUUAAUUUUGAAUAAUUAGCAAAAAAAAAGUGUUUGUUUUGUAAAGACAACUCCUCCUUUAUGGUGACUAAGGGUGAUAACUUAUAAAUGAUAUGAAUGAAAGAUUUUAAAAAAUGGGACAUUUUUUAAACCCAGCCUAAUCUCACCCCACCCCAACCCACUCCCGAAAAAAAAUCCUGAUUAAGCGCAUGUAUACGUCAACUCAGAGUUUAACAAAAUUCUAAUGAUGGGCCUAUAGAUCAAGAAUUAGAAGAAGUUGGUUCGUAAAAUGUAUUUAUUCAUUAAACUCUUUAAUAAAUACAUGCGGGAAUACCCACUGACGUAUCUUUUCUUGAUAUAGAAUAUAAAUUGUCUAGACAUGGUCUAGAUUUGAAGAAACAUAUAUAUUAUUUUGUUAUAAUACUUUGAACAUGGACCUAGUUCACCAAUCGUAAACAAACAACAUUUAGCCACGUGAUAAUAUUGAUAAAACGAUGGAAAAAAAACUGUCACGUGACAGCCUGUGUGUAUUGCGUAUUUUGUAUAGAAAAGAUAGAAAACCACUUGGCUAAAUGUUGUUUGUUUACGAUUGGUGAAUGAGAUCCAUUAUAACUAUCAAGCCAGAGUUUUCCCUGAGUGGCCUUGAUCAGAUGAAGAAUUCGCAAACUGAGUAGAGGAAUUUUCAAAAUAUAGAUCUAUGUAACAAUGUAUAUACUUGUUUGAUAUUCUUGAGAUAAUUCAUUGUUUUUGUCUUGUGUCACUAAUAAAGAUUCUUUCAAUAUGUUUCCUUAAA